UUCAUCGAUCGUUCCAACACCAUAUUUGUUAUUCACCCUCCAAACUUUAGUAGUUAUUACCCGAGCCACCGGCCAUCAAGUUUCUGAUCACGUACGUCCGAAUAAAAAGAUCCCGAGAAACAACAUAUCAUAUCGAUCAAUGGAGGAGAUUGUUUCUUUGAUAUUUCAUGGAUGCAAAAUAGUGAAAGACCUUGAACAAACCCUACCCAACAUUGCGAACCAACCCCAUGUUCUUAUUAAUUCAUGUGACGAGAUUAGUAGAGUUUUCGGUAAUGUAAGGGAGCAGUUGAGUAUGGCGGUCCACGAGUAUGGCCAUCACGAGCCACAACCAACAAUGGAGGUAGCAGCUGCAGGUGGAUUAGUGCCCGAGUGGAUGAGGAGUUCGCAAGCGAUGGACAUGGUGAUAUCUCACCAUCAACAACAUGGCGGGUUGGAGAGCCAAGAAAUGGGUGGUGGAAAUGUGGAGGCUGUGGCGUCGACGGAUGUUGUUCCUUCUACAUUGCAACGAACACGAAGAAGGAAAAAUGAAGUCGAUAGACGAACGUUUAGAAUACCUGCUCCCAGAAUGGGCAACACCGAAGUUCCACCAGAAGAUGGGUAUACUUGGAGAAAAUACGGUCAAAAAGAAAUUCUCGGUUCAAGAUUUCCAAGGGGGUAUUACAGAUGCACCCAUCAAAAGUUAUAUAAUUGUCCAGCGAAAAAACAAGUUCAAAGGGUAGACAAUGACCCAUUCACUUUUGAAGUAACGUAUCGCGGUGACCAUACAUGUAUAAUGUCCUCCACUGCACCCUCAAUGCCGCCGCCGCCGCCGCCACCACCACCACCAGAGGCUAUGACCACCCAAACUCCACCUUCUCAAUUGCCCUCAACGGAUUCACAUUCACUCCCUCAAUGGUUAUCGAUUGAUCUAAAGCAAUCAUCAGUCGGGGACCUUUAUAGCAUCACUACGCACCAUACCGUGCAAACUUAUAAGAACCAAACUGAUAUUGGAAGUGGCGAAGGCCCAUCGUCUCCUGCUAGAUACGUUGAUUAUCCAGGAAUGACGGAUUUGGUUGAUACCAUGUUUAAUUCAGGUAGUAGCAGCAACAAUAGCAUGGAACUAAUUUUUUCUCCUAAUGAAGAAAAAAAGGAAAAAACAAAUUAAUAUAUAUACAUAUAUAUAUUCAAUAAUAAGAAAGCAAUUCUUUUUCGUAAUCAUAGGUU